AUGAGGGUUGAUGCCCUCAUCGAGGCCACCGGGGCUGAUGCUCCCAUGCAGACCUGUGCUCUCAGCUACCUGAAUUCCCCCAGGGCCUCCCCCAAGCCCCCCACACUGACUUGCCCCCAAAUUCCCCAUUGUUUCCACGCGUCGCCUUCAUUUCCCUGGUGCCACUUUCGAUUCCGAGGGCUCAGCGCGGCUCUCCUGAGGGCAGCCCCGAAAAUUAAAGCCAGCCAGCCUGUCCACCUUCGCCGAGCUGGGCCUGGGGCGCUGCCAGGGACAGCUCGGGGCGCUCGUGAGGAGCAGCCCGGCCCGGCGACACCGUCCCGGGAGGCCGCGCGGGAUCGGCCCGGGGGGAGCGGCCCGGAACGGGCUGAACAGGCCGGAUCCACGCCUGCGCAGGCCAAGCCGAGCUCGAUGGCCUGGGGAAGGUUCCCCUGGGCUCCUCGAAGUCCGCUGGACGUGGUGGCCGUGCUGGCCGGGCUGGCGGCGAUCGGGGGGCUCGCUGUUGUCUUCUACAUUGAAGUAAUCGGACGCAAAAUGUGUCCUAAGGAGGAGGAAAACUAUGUGGCAUCCAUAGUGCUGAGUGCAGUAGCUGACACGCUGGGAUAUAACAACGGGAAAUGGGAGUUCGAGAGGAGUGGCCCAAUCAUCCACAAGGAGCUGGCAGAGUUGGGGGGACUGGGCAACUUCAGCAUCCAAGGCUGGAGAGUCAGCGAUGAUACCGUGAUGCACUUGGCCACGGCCGAAGCCCUGGUAGCUGCCGGGAAAAACCCAAGCUUACCACAUCUCUACUCUCUGCUUGCAAAGAACUACAAGGAGUGCAUGAAUGACAUGGAGGGCAGAGCUCCAGGUUCCACGUCCCUGGAAGGCACCAGUAAGCUGGAACCAGGGAGGCGGAACGGCUGGCGUAUCCCGUUCAACCCGCGGGCGGGCGGCUGCGGGGCCGCCAUGCGCUCCAUGUGCAUCGGGAUGCGCUUCUACCGCCCUGCCCAGCUGGACACCCUGAUCAAAGUCAGCAUCGAGAGCGGCCGCAUGACCCACCACCACCCCACCGGCUACCUGGGGGGCCUGGCCUCAGCCCUCUUCACGGCUUACGCAGUGAACAGCGUGCCCCCCGUGGCCUGGGGGAAGGGGCUGAUGGAGGUGCUGCCAAAGGCAAAAGCCUACGUGCAGAAGUCCGGCUUGUUCGUGAAGGAAAACAUGGAGCAAUGGUAUUACUUCGAAGAGCAGUGGAAGAAAUACCUGGCGGAGAGAGGCAUCUCGGAUGGGGUGUCAUCGCCCAGGUUCCCCUCCAAGUACGGCGUGGCAGAGAGAGACUCGUUCUACACAUCGCUGAGCUACAGCGGCUGGGGGGGCAGCAGCGGGCACGACGCGCCCAUGAUCGCCUACGACGCGCUGCUGGGCGCGGGGGACUCGUGGAUAGAGCUGGCCAACCGCGCCUUCUUCCACGGCGGCGACAGCGACUCCACGGCUGUCAUCGCCGCCGGAUGGUGGGGCAUCAUGCACGGCUUCCAGGGGGUUCCCCCCUCCCUCUACGCCCACCUGGAGUACAAGGAGCGCCUGGAGAAGGUAGCCAAGGAUUUGUACAGCAUCCUCUAGGCAGGAGAUGGUGGGGCAGCCCACAGGCACGCUUACCCAGCAGCUGUCACGUCCUUGCUCGCUCCGUUUGCAAACCCACUGGAUUAAAUCUCGUGAAUGUAAGCCAGAGCCAGACUUGCCUUUUCUCUGUGUGUUGGCUUCAGUGGGGAGGCCAUGUCGGCACUCGUUUGGGGUUGGUGGUUUGAUGGGAACAUUCAGUGGUCCCCUGAGACAUCACUGCAGGGUGGCUGCACAUGGUCUGGUCCUGAAGAGGAGCAGGAGCAGCCACUGCAGCCCUGCUGGUCAUGCUGCAGCAGCAGGACAGGCAGCAAACCUCACUCAGGCUGCCCUAAAUCAGCAUCCUGAUCCUACAAUGGGAGCAGGGGGCACAAGCAGCCCAUUGUGUCUGGGGACAACAGAGCUUUCUUCGGAAAUUAUUUUGGUAGAGGAUCUUUUUUGUUUUAAAUGACUGUGGAAAAAACCCCCAAACCCAACCUUGAAGCUAUGUGAGCGCAUUUUACCCAAGUCUGUACCACUUCUGCAAUACAGGUAGGAGUGCAUCCUGGUAUUCCCUACUUCAGUGAAUGUGGGAAUUCAAGACUCCUGACCAAAUCUUUCCUAAGGCAAAAGUGGGUAAUGAGAAUUAACAGAUUGCAUUUUACAUCAGCUUCUGUAGUGAACUAUAUUCUGCUUUCAUCAAGGUUAUUAAAGGUAAUUUGCUUAACAUUUGAUAUGCAUAAUUCUAUUGAAAAUAAGGUUUUUCUUUAAAUCCAGACUAUGACACAGCGAAGUGCUUUUAUGUUCAAACCCAGUGUAUCCCAUUCAAUAAAAAGACCUGACAGGC